AUGCCAGCAAAGAAAGAUGACUCCGCUAAGGGUCGUAACCGUGGAUUACAAACUGAAAUUAAUCCUCUCUUAUUGUCGUCCAACCCAAAUCUAAUCAGAAGACAGUAUCGAGGACAAAAUCCAUAUUUAAGCACAUAUGGUGUCGAGGAUAAAAAGAUACGUAAAAGGUUUGAAAAAGGUUUAAAAUUCCAUGAAAAAGGUGAAAUUAGUGCCAAUAUUGAGCGUGAGAGAGAACUGCUGAAGGCUGAAAAGGAACAGGAACUCAAAAGGAGGGAAUUUGAAGCACAGCGUCGAGAAGAGGUGAGGAAGAAAGUGGAAUGUGGUGAAUUGCCAGAUACCAGUAUUGGCGAAGAGAAAUUUGCACCUAGAGAAGUUCCAAUAGUGGAAUGGUGGGACAAACCAUUUUUAGAUGAUCAAUUAAACAUUUUAUCCAAGUAUACCGCUGAUACAAUUGCCGCCGACGAUGAAGAAAGUGAGGAUGAGGACGAUGAACGUCCUUCCAUUAGAUACGUCGAACAUCCUGUACCUAUAAAAGCUGAUAGUUCUCGACCUGUGGCUAAAGUUUAUUUGACUAAAAGUGAACAGAAAAGGAUUCGUCGUAAUAGAAGGAAAUUGCAACGGGAGGAACAUGAGACAAGGAUUAAGAUGGGGUUGGAACCGAAACUUGAGCCCAAAGUAUCAUUGAGGAAUAUGAUGAGCGUUUAUGAAAAUAACCAAAACAUUACGGACCCUACAGCAUGGGAAUCGACUGUGAGACAGCAAGUAGCAUCAAGAAAGAGAAAACACGAAGAGAUGAAUGCCGCUAGACAUGAAGAAGCGCAACAGAACAAAAAAGCUAAGAACGAGACCAUAACUCCUGGUGAUCAUUGUAAAGUGUUCCGAUUUCAGAACUUGAGUAACCCUCGUAUAAGAUUUAAACUAAAGACCAACGCCCAACAGCUCUCGUUAAAAGGAUUAUGUCUUAGAGUUGGUGAAAAUGGUAGCGGAAUCAUUGUUAUCGUGGGCAGCGAGAAGUCCUGUAAAUUCUAUGAUAAACUAGUCACUAGAAGAAUCCAUUGGGAUGAAACUUUUGAGAACAAAGAGACACAUGAAACCGCUGAUAUGAGCGGAAACCAUGCCGAGAAAGUAUGGGAAGGUGAAUGGGAAGGACCAUCAUGGGGACCGUUUUUCAUGAAAAUAUGUCAAGACAGACAAGAGAUGGAAGAGUUACUGCGACAGCGUAACGCCGAACAUUUGAUAACGUCAAUCAAUGGCAAAUGA